CAUCCUUCCAACGUCGCAUUUAAUAUGGGCGAUCCAUUCUCUAUCGCUGGGAGCGCUGUAGGUGUUAUUUCUCUUGGAAUCGUUGCAUGCCAAAAGCUGUACUAUGUUAUCGACGAUAUUAGAACUGCUGCGGACAAGGCUGAAGCGAUACGCGCCGGGCUGGAUCGUUUGGAAAACGGCCUCGAACAGCUCGAGACUGUCCUUGGGAAACUCGGUCCGACAAGUUCUGUUGCUGCAGCAGAUGUAAGCGUGACGGCGUGUGCAAAUGUCCUCAGCAGACUCAGAGAUGAGCUGCCAUAUGAUGCGAAUCCUACCAAGCAAGGUGUUCAUCAGCUGUUCCGGGCUCUCAGGUGCCGUCUCUCGUACCCAUUGAAAAAGGGCGAGCUUAAUUACCUGCGGACUUUGAUCAAGGAUACGCACCAGAACUUACAUACUGCACAACUAACGGUGAUUAUGGAGCAAGGCCAGCUUAACACUUCAAGCCUCGGGGCUUGUAUAUCCCUGGAAUCACAACUGAUGCAGCGCGCUUUGACAGAUCAGCACUGCGCCCUUCAAGGUUCUAUUCAAUCGGACAUCUCAAAAUAUACUCAGUCCGUACAAAGUGGCUUCCAGAGCUUGGAUCUUGAAACUUCGUUGGUCCGUAGAGAUGUAAAUGAAGUCUAUUCGAUGCUACAACCGCUCGCAGGCAGCCUUUCACAGCUUUCGCUAUUGCAUGCAAGCCUAACUAGACUAGAGACCAAGGUUGAUGCCUUCAACCCGAAGGAAUUUGUACUGCGAGCUAGGCAGGGCGACGUGUCUGCCGCUCCAGGUCUCACUCGGACUUUGAGGACCUUUCAAAACAGAAACGCCAAGAUUCGACGUAAUGUGCCAUUGUGUGCUUGCAGGGCACAGAGUAGCAGCUCUACAUGUUACUGGUGGCAAGCUGUUCUCUCAAGCAGUGUGACAAAACCUCAUACCUCCGAAUGCCUUUAUAGUGCGUUUGACGAUAAAAUUACAGAAAUAGACUUGAGAGUAUCUCUAUGCUCCAGUCUCCUGCGGCGGAAGUAUACGCUGGCCAUGGGUUUUUCUCACAGCUUGGCCAAGGGAUUCGGUAUACGAGCAGGGCUUCGAACAUUCGCCAUAGUGGAUCAUGAUUCAGAGGCUUUCUCACUGAUCAGAAGGUUUGCUUCGCGUGAGAACUAUGAAUUGUCCAGACCCGAUUCUUGGCAGAACGUCGCUGCGGAGCUUCAGAGACUCUUUGAAAGUCGUCGAGCAUCACCUCACGAUCGACUGAGUGAUGGAUCUACACUUUUGCAUCAACUUUGCUCCGGCCAAUACGAAAUUCGGAAACGGUCGGUGCGGAACACGGCCGAAAUGUAUACCGCUGUAGUGGACAACUUUAGAUGUCUUGCUGGGUAUCUUCUGAAACACACCAACGCUACCGCACGGGAGAAGGAUCUCCGCAGAAAUACAUGCCUAGAAGUUUGUGAUCAUGAUCUAGUCUGGUCACCUUUCCUUGCGCAGCUGCUUGAACACGAUGUGCCGAUUUCCAUAAAUAUGUUCAAAUUUCCGCCUGGUGACGGACCUACAUGGUUACAGCAAAGCAUCCUCUUGGAACACCAACUCGAGCUCCCUGAAGCGUUUAUUGCCAUCGUUUUGAAAGAUGACAUACGGUUAUCUGCACUUCUGGCCAGCGAACAAUCAGACCACAAUGUCAGUGUGGAGCUCCCGGGCCUGUAUGAAAUGACUGCCAUCAUGUCAUGGCCAGAAGGAUGCGAAAUACUGAUGAAAAAUGGGCUGAAGCUUGCACCACGUCACUAUAAACAUUUCUGGUGGGUUAUGAACGCCAGUGAUUCAGACAUGUUGCGAUUUUGGUUAGAUAUCCGACCAUAUCUGGACGUAUCUGACCUUCAGAACCUUGGGAGCCUGGAAUACGCUUUUGACUGUAUCGAGUACGACUGGCACACCUAUCCGAUAUUCGACAGGGUCGACGCAAUCAUCGCCGCUAUUGCCAAGCAGCGACACGAUCUGGGAGUUUUUGCAGCGAAGAACUUAUACGAAGCAGACUACUCUCCGAAGCAUGAUAGACUUCUCGAUGUGCAGGCCCACGAAGUUUGCAAUAUGCUCGAAAAUCGGGGUAUCUUCGUGCCUAGUGCGCUCGUUCCUUCCAGGAUGUGCAUAUAUCACUCUGUACCUGCAAUAGGCGGAAAAAUAAGCACUUACGUUUUGGAUGCUUUGUACAAAGCUGGUUUCAGAGAUCUUUCUCAGAAUGACCAGUCAAAUGGCGUGAACGGAUUUGUGACACCUCUUUUAUUUUAUUUGGGGCGUUCUGUAUGGUUGUGGCAGCCAUGGGAAAACAUACUGGCAACACUGACUUGGUUCCUUGCUAAAGGCUCAGACCUCCAUGAGCCUUGGCCUUACUCUGCAAGCAGAGGAACUCACCUUCUUGCAUGGCGAAUAGGUUGGUCCCUAUAUCAAGAAGAACUAGGUCGAUUGAACUACAUUCAUGGCUUCUGGAAUUGGAUUAUUCUCCGAACCACAUCAUCCGAGGAAGAUCCAGACGCUACAGAGGAAGGCGGGAUAGGGUUUGCAUCGACUCAAAAAGCUUGGCAGUGCAUCCAGGAUGCUUUAGAAGAUAAGAAACCUGACGAAUGCGAAUGCCAUUGUAGCCCGUCCGGCUGCAUACCUAUGACCCUUCUUUGCAGACCUUUUGCAGCAGAAUUGCGGCAGCUUCCUGGUAAUGGAAUAGAGAAAUUGGAUCUCACUAUCCAAACUGUAGCAGAACGUGUCUCACCAAUCCUACUUACAGAGUCGAGUGACCGGCGCAACUACACGAUUAUGAUCCGGAUGCUCACUUUCUGGAAGUUGGAGAUCAGACAUACUUGCUGCGAUCUGUAUGGGUUCACUUAUAGCUUGAAAUGCGAACCAAACGCUCUUGCCGCAUGCAGACCUGCUGCACUUCACUCACCAGAAGAUACCCGUAGAAUUCACAAUGAAGACCGACACCUUAUCGAAGUCCUCGAAAACCUGGUCCCAGAACUUGAUCAAGCAUACGAUGACAUCGGCCAACCAUUCCAGGUAUUCCUGAAGUCAUUCAUGCUACCCAGAAUCAACAAGGUGCUAGAGCAACUAGCGAAGAAAGAUCAUGAGGAUUUUGCAGAAGGACGCAGGGCCUUAGGUGUGGUUAUGCAGCCAAUGCCUGGUUACGUAUGAUGAAGAUGUUGAAGGCAGCGACACUAAUGAGUGAGAACAAAAAUACGAGAUUAGCGAGAAAGAUCUCCUCGAUGCCGAGAUGGGAGGAACAAAAAACCCAGCUCUUAUGUUGAUAUCGUUGUUAAACUAUUUCUCUGGCCGCAAAAUCAAUCGUACAGCACCUCUUGGAUCGUUACCAUAACCUUGGACAAUCGCAGAC